AUGGACGAUGAUUUAGUCUAUAGACUUCGCGAACUGCUUAUUGGGGACGGAAUUCAGCACGGGCCUGAGCUGCCCAGCGUUGAUCACGUGCUGAAUUCCAUCCAACCCAUCUACCGCCAAGUGUUGAAGAAAUUUUAUGAGAGCAAGACGAGGGGGCGAUUAUGUGUGCGCUGUAGCGCACGCGAGAUAGUGGAGUUUGGCGAUGGUGAAGAGGGGGAGGCCCCAGCCCCGGUGGCUGUGGCAGCGGAGGUGGACGUCCCGGAACCACCUCCGCAGGCUGGGGCCGCGGCCGAGGAAGCGGCAGAGGCGGAUGCCGCUGAGGCCGCCGUGGAUGACGAAGGAGCGGCCGAAGAAGCGGCAGUGGCGGAUGCCGCUGAGGCCGCCGCGGAUGAGCAGGCCGCGGUCGACGAAGCGGCAGAGGCGGAUGCCGCUGAGACCGCGACGGCGGAUAACGAAGAGGAAGAAAUGGAGGUGCGCGAACUCCAUCUGUAA